AUGUCCAAGCCGAUAGCAAUCGUCGCCGGUGUAGGUCCCGGAACAGGCAGCGCUGUUGCGCGGCGCUUUGCCCAAUAUUACCCCGUUAUUUUACUUGCUCGAUCGCAAGGGUCCCUUGAUCCGUUGAUCAAAGAAAUCACACAGAGUGGAGGGUCAGCGACAGGGUUUCCUACUGACGUUACAAACGCGUCCUCGAUGGACUCAACAAUUGAUCAAAUCAAGGCCAAAUUCGGAAGUGAUAUCACGGUCGCCGCAGCAAUCUACAAUGUUGCCAGCAAGUUCCUAAUGAAACCAUUCUUGGAUCAAUCUCCGGAUGAGUUCUUUGGGAGCUUGGAGCCUUCGAACAGGGGUGCAUUCAAUUUUGCCCAUGCUACGCUCCCCUUGAUGUUGAAGGGGGAGGGUAAGGGCCAGUUCCCGCCUACGCUUAUUUUUACUGGUGCCACGGCUGCACUUAAAGGUGGAUCAGGUCUCUCGGCAUUUGCCAUGAGCAAGUUCGGAACUCGCGCCUUGUCCCAAUCUCUUGCGCGUGAAUUUGGCCCCAAGGGGGUUCAUGUUUCCCAUGCCAUCAUCGACGGAAUCAUCAACACGGAAAAGACGAAAGGCUACGGCCAGGAUAUUCCAGAUUCUAAAAUUGAUCCCGAAGGAAUUGCGGAAUCUUACUGGUUCUUGCACACCCAGCCUAGGAGUGCAUUUACCCAGGAGAUUGACCUCAGACCCUAUGUAGAGAAGUGGUGA